AUGGAGAGCGAUUCUGACAUUUCUGACUUGCUAAUUCAUGUUCCAGAAGUAUAUGUUUCAUGGAAAAUAAAAAAUUUUAGUACCUACAAAAAAAUCUUAAACUCUGAGUUUAGUCUGCACAAUGAAAGUGGAACAUGUUUAAAAGAAACUGAAAAAAGUUCCAUGUGUCAUUAUUCUGAUUAUUACCAAUCAUGGGGAUUUCUAAAAUUGUGUAAGCGUGAUGAAAUUUUGAACCUUCUUGAAAAUGACAUGUUAGAUGUUCAUUGUUGGAUCAAGUGGAAAACAGAUAUCAGCAUUGGUAAUAAGUUAGGUGCAUUAGAUGAAAUUGACAGGCUAAGUAAUUUGUCAUGUGGUUACAAGAAACUCAUGGAUGAAGGGAGUUUCAGUGAUGUCAUCCUAGAGGCAAACGAUGGUACAAAGAUUCCUGCUCACAAGAGCAUACUUGCAUCACGCAGCUCUGUUUUUGCAGAGAUGUUUUCUCACGACAUGAAGGAGAAUAAAGAGUCUAAAGUUGAAAUCAAAGAUUUGGAUGAGAAAGUUUUAAAGACCAUGCUGCAGUAUAUUUAUUCAGGUAGUUUUAAUGAAAAUGAUUGUCAGAUUAAUGAAUUGUUUGAGGCUGCCGACAAAUAUGAUCUUCAAGCUUUGAAAGAGUGUACAAUCAAAGGCGUUUUACUGUCGUUAACUAUUCUCUAUAAAAAUUAUUACAUGGUAGCUUGUCAUUGGCUGGGACUGGCAGGCAACACUAAUACUCAUAGAGCUAUGAAAUAA